AGUACCUUAUCAGUCUGGCAGGAAAAUGAUGGGGAACAAGGGCUCAAAAUACGACCCAAAUUUAAUUACAUUAGUCUAGUCAAGACCCCAACGGCCAACAAGUUGAUUAAUCAUUUGCAAAACCAACAAAUAAUAAAAACCACAAUAUCAAUUUUUCUUCUUCUUCUUUAGUUGUGAAGUGAAUGAGGAGCUAAAAAUUUACUCUCGGAAAAUUUAAGCUGGUAAGAGGAUUUUAACCUUACAAACUACUACUGUAUUUUCUAAAUUUAUUGCAAAAUUUAUAUGUAAAUUUACAUCAUCCUGUGAGUUGAGAGAGAAUUUACUGACCAUAAUUGGGAAAAUGUUUUUCAACGUAAUAAAUUUUGAGAAUCGAAUCCCAUGACGAAGAAGUUAGAGUUCAGAGCAAGGAGGGGGACUAAAUAGAUGAAUCCGUUAAGGAUAGGGCUGGGCAUGCGGGCGGAUCAUCCGCGGGUUUGGGCCGACCCACCCGCAUUUGACCCGAAUUUCGUUAAGUGGGUGGGUCUGUGAGUGGGUGACGGGUUGCGCUAGGAGCCAUCCGCCGGGUGGGUUGUGAGUGAGUGUGCGGGUGACCCGCUCAACUCAACAGCAAAAAGAUCAAAGUCGUUGGCGCUAGAGAGAGGAGAGUGAAGACGUUAGAUAUAAACUCGGACUGCUCCUGGAGUUUGAACCUCAAAGCCAACCUUCCAAAUAGAGAUCCCCUCUUCUUUCCUUUACUUUUUCCUAUAAUUCUUGUGCCUAGGUCACCGCUCUUUCCUUUGUGGAAUUAUUUUCCUUAGUUCCUUGCACCUAAUAAUCGUCUCAAUCUGUAGAAAACUCUUUCAUAAUAGAAUUUCUAUCCAAUUUAAGAACUAAUUCGACAUUUUUUCGCCCUAUUUCAACUUCUUGUUUCCCUCGAUGAUUCUCUUCUCCUAUUAUCAUGUCAAGUUGACUCCUUUAUAUUAUAUUCAUUGUGAUGUGGGUGAACCCACAAACCCACCCGCAUCAUCCACCAUCCGCCCGACCCAACCCGAGACUAAAUAUGGGUGGGUGGUGGGUUAAAAAUUAUCAAUCCGUUUAAGCGUGGGUGAGUACAUUUUAUGGUCAAAAUCCACCCGACCCACCCAAUGCCCACCCCUAGUUAAGGAGAGUCUUUUCAAGUACAAAACGUAAGAUUUAAAAACCCUCAUCAUCCCAUCCAUUUUUCAGUGUGUUUUCAAAUAAUUUUACUGUUGGUUCUAAACUAUACAUAACUGCACGAACCGAUCGAAACCCAAAGCAUAAAAAUUACACCAACCCCAUCACUUACCAUCUCAAACAUGAUUUCCUUCCCCCCACCCUUUUGAAGAUUCCACAUCAAGUGAAAGCCAUUCUUUUCCACAAUGGCUCCAAAACCUCUGAGAAGAAGAAAAAAAAAUACCUCUUCCCUUUUUCCUCUUCUCAAUAUUUUUCUGAGAUUUUAUGUCUCCAUCAAACCGCCUUCCCACCUUUUAUAAUCUCUUCUCACAAACCUUCUCUCCCCCAACAACCAUAAAAAGCCCUUUCCAAACCCUUCUCCAUCUCUCUUCAAAAUCCCACACCACCACCAACAAGCAACAAAAGAAGAAGCCUAUUGCCUAUACCUUUCAAAAACCCAUCAUCAGAAAUGGCGGGGAAGAGAAACCAGAGCCGCGGCAGCAGCCCAACCUCCGGCAACUUCUCCGACGACGGCGGCUCUUCCACCACCACCAACAACAACAAGGAGCAGGACAAGUUCCUCCCCAUAGCCAACGUGAGCCGCAUCAUGAAGAAGUCCCUCCCGGCCAACGCCAAGAUCUCCAAGGAGGCCAAGGAGACCGUCCAGGAGUGCGUGUCGGAGUUCAUCAGCUUCGUCACCGGAGAAGCCUCCGACAAGUGCCAGAGGGAGAAGAGGAAGACCGUCAACGGCGACGACCUCCUCUGGGCCAUGACCACCCUAGGGUUCGAGAGCUACGUCGGCCCCCUCAAGGUCUACCUCGGCAAGUACCGCGAGACCGAGGAGGACAAGGUCAAUUCCACCACCAACAACGACAACAGCCACCAACAACAACAGAUCGAAAACUCUGUUACUGUUGCUGCUGCCAGCCCCAGUCAGCAGACCGUCUCUGUUACUGUUGCUAACAGAAACGGUCAUGACUUUAUGGGCGGGGUAGAUAGCUACUACCAACGUAACCACCAUCACUAUGUGAAUGGUGGUGGUGACCAGAUGAUGAGCGGGCCCGUGUUUUCGAUGGGCCGACCCGCUCAUCAGGGUUUGGACUUACAUGGGUAUGGCGGGCCGCCGGCUGGUACACCGUCGUCAUUGGUGUACACGCUUGGAGUGCACCCUCAUCAAGCGGCGGCGGCCGUUAGUGCGGCGAGGCUUCUCGGUUAUAGUAACGGCGGCGGGAGUGGCGGGAGAGCUAUGGCGCAUCAGUUUAAUUGACGGGGGAAAGAAAUUGGAGAUGAAGGGGAAGUUGGUCCAACCGAGAAAUUGACCGAGUACUGAACUAUUGAUCAUGAAAAUUUUCUAAUGAUUAUUUAUUUAUGCUAGAAAUUAAGCUAGCGAGCUGAUUUCAUUUUUGCUUACUAUAAUUAACGAUUAAAUCAUGGCAGUCAAGAUGUAAUACAUUGACUUAAUAAAUUAUUUUCAAAGCGAAAUUAGUGAAAUUGUUAGCUUGAUUAGUGUUUAUUGUUUAUUUUUCUGCUGUAUCCAUCAUGUAAUGCAACAUUUUUUUCCAGUUAAAUUUGAAUCAUUUUGUUUAAAUUCGUUCCAAUGGAUCUAAAAUUAAAAGCAAAAAAAAUUAUAAGCAAAAAAGGAUUUGAAUAAUUGUAUUGGGGAGCGACUAAAGUCAUUUAUUAAAAAUUUACAUGUAAAUUUACCUUUUUUACGGUGAAAUAACAUUGUUACUUAGGGUAAAAGAGAUUACAAAACAAAAUGAGGAAAAAGAAGCGCCACCGCAAUACGAAUGAGGGGGUUGUAGCUAGGGGUGGGCAUUCGGUCGGUUCGGAUUGAACCGAACCGAAAUGAUCUGUAUCGACUUUCCAAAGCUUCCCACACCCCAACCGAAUUCGAACAAAAAUAUAUUUCGGUUCGGUUUGAUCGAACUGAAAUAUAUAUCGGUUCGGCUCAAUUUUUUGCCAUAAACCGAAAACUCCCCACACAUAUAUUCCACCAUCCCCACUUCCCCCCCUCUCUUUCUCAAACAACUUCUUCUUCUUUUUCUACAGAUCUCUCUCUCCCCCCAACAAACAAAGCUUCACUCUCUCUCUCUCAUUCUUCUUCUUCUUUACGGAAGAUCUCUCUCCCCCCAUUUCUUCCUAACCUCUGACUCUCUCAUUCUCCACCUUCCUUUACUUCCCCAUCCCACCACCGCCAUAAAACCACAACCUCAUUUUCGCCCAUCUCCAACCAGUAGAGCAAAAGAAAAUCAGUCGCACUGUUGCCAAUCUCCCUCUAUGCUUCCUGAUUUCAACUAAGGUAAGUCAUUUUUGGAUUGUAUGUUAGUUUUAGAAAUCUGAUUUUGACUUAGGAGAUGUUCAGGAAUCUUACCCAUCACUUGUUUUUUAUUUUGAAUCCUUUUGAGAUUCUGACCUUUGUUUUAUUUUUUUAUUUUUUGGUGCGGCUGAGGAGAAAGAGGGUUGUGGCGAUGCCGAUCUGCUUAGAAGAGGACUACAGGUGGUGACGUGGUGUGGAGUUGGAGACGGACGUGCGGGCGACGGGAUCCGAGAAGCAAAACAAGAGAGGAAGAAGUAAGAAGAGCGGCAGAUCGAGAUAUGAAUCAUCUCAAAUCUGAUGUCCAAGGCCAAGGGGGAAGAAGACUGGUUUUUAUUUUUUAUUUACUUUCCUUUUCCUAGGGUUAUUUGGUAGAUCUGGAAGAAGGGGAGAUAGAGAGAACGAGAGGGCUAGAUCAAGUCUUUUUUAUGCGGGUGGGCUGGACUUGGGAAGUAUUUUUAUUGGGCUGUGGGUGACUCAGAAUGAGCUUGGGAACACGGGUCAUGGGACUAAUUUGUUUAAAUUUGGAACUCGGUUCGGAAUUCGGAAACUCGGUUCGGUUGAGAUGGGUCUGGUUUUCGAAUUAUGGCUAUUUUCCUUCCGAAUUCUGAAUCGAAUAACAUGUCUUCAGUUUUGGUUCGAUUUGGGUUUAGCGAACCGGAUGCUCACCCCUAAUUGUAGCCCAUUCUACCUUCAACAUAUCUUCAUCAUUGGGCAUUCCGUUGAUAUUAGAGGUAGAAAAAAUAUAAAGUAUUCACCAUUUCGAUAAAAAGCUAUUUUCUUCCAACAAACUAUUAGUAUGCCUAUUGAAUUUGAAUCAAAUGAAUUUUGAUUAGUGAAUGAUUGUCACUAUCACCUUUUACUUCAUUACUAGUUUUUACCCGACCCGUUGGCCGGGAAAUUUCAUUUUAUUAUUAAUAUUAAUUAAUUUAUCUUUAUGCUUAAUUUUUUGAAUUUUAUAGAUAUUUUAUUUUCUCGCUUCAUAAGUGAAGGUGGUAUGCCUAUAUUGAAAAUUCUUAAUACUUAGUAGUUAGCACACUUACUUAUGAUGUUUUGAUUCAUAAAUCAUAUUGUUGUGAAGGUUUGUCACGUCCCAUUUAGUAUCAUAUAUUAAUAUUUUUCAACCAAGACACUCAAAUUUAUUAUCUUAUACAACAUAUAUCAAUACGUGAUUCUCGAGUUUUGACACACUCUCAACAAUUAAUGAGUGUUCAGAUUAUUGGAUAAAGAUACUUGAUUACCCGAUAAAUUAUGUCUAUCCCGACUGAAACUUGACACGCUCGUACACCCUUAUGAUGAUCAAAUGCUGCAAUCAUGAAUCAUGUUCAUUGUGGAUGUUCAUGAAGUCUCACCUUAAGAUCUUAUGAUAAAAUUUGUCUAUUAGUGCAACAUUCCGAACCUUUCCUGACGAAGAUAUUGUCCGCUUUGGGCCUCGACCCUUACGGUUUUCGACUUGGGGUGCAAUUCAAGGUGACUUCCCAUAGGGUAUCAUAUUAUACCCUAACCUCUAAUGGGUGAUCCCCUAGUUCCUAAAUUUCUAACCCAAACCACGAAAUUUUGUUAAUCUUAAAAUGAAAAUCAACUAUAAUUUUGAUUAAUCAGAAUUGUUGAUUUUCAUUUCAAUAUUAAAUAAAUCUUAUGCUUUGGGAUAGUGAAUUGGGACUGAGGUUCACGCAUUAGGGGUUAGGGUAUAGUAUCAUGCACCAAACUCCGGUUAAUUCGUUGUCUAAAUAACAAUACUCAACGGGCGUAUUGUAAGGUAAGUGUAUGCCCAGGUGUAUGCCAACCUUUGUAAUAUAUAUAGAUUUUAGUUUACUUUUAACACUAAUCAAUACCUUCGAACUCAACUCAUUGGCUGAAUAAAAAGAGUUUGUGGCUAAGGUAACUCGAUGUAAAUACAAAUUUCUUACUCUUAUAAACUAAAAUAUUUUCAUUUUGAAACUUUGAUAUCAGGUAAUUUUUUUACUGCCAAAAUUUGUAUGGAGUCAGGCUGACAACCAUAUAACCAAAUGAGUUCUUACAAAUUGUCUUACUGAACUCAUCCUUGUUAAAGAUUCAUCAUAUUAACCAAAUGCCUCGGUUUAGAGUAUUGUUACUAUAUUAUAUAUAUAUAUAUAUAUGGUGCCUUCUACGGUACCCCAGGUGAAAUCCAGGGUACCGCAUACCUUAAGUACGAAAACGUUAUCUAGACCUUGAAUUAGCAGGAUUUUUGGACAUGAUACUAUUCCCUAACCCUUAAUGAGUGAACCCUAGGUCCUAAUUAUCUAAAUCAUAAACUAUAAACCCUAAGUUGGUGCAUUGAUUUUCCCCUCUAUAUUUGGACGAAUCAUAACCGUCAAUUAUUGUUUCUAAUUAAAUUGAUCUUGGGGUAUAAUAUUUAGAGAAUUAAGACCUAUAUUUUGAUCUUUAAGAGUUAGAGUAUAGUAUCAUGUUCGAAAUAUCAAUCAAUUCAAGUCCUAGAUAGCGUUUUCUUACUCCUGGUAUGCGGUACCCCAGAUUUCACCCUGGGUACCAUAGAACUCCCCAUAUAUAUAUAUAUAUAUAUAUAUAUAUAUAUAUUAUAUAUAUGGGAAGUUCUAGGGUGCCCAGGGCAAAAUCCGGGGUACGAUUACCAAAAGCAUCACGAAGCGUUUAAGCGUUGUUCAUUGGACUUCAACCUAACUGUACCCGGUUUAAUUAUAUCGAUUAAGAGGUUAAACCCUAUGGAUACGACCCGCCGCCCUAACCAAUUUCUAGUCCCUCAUUCGUCUUGGAGGGGACGUCCCCUCUUAGUUCGAAGUUCGAACAUAAUCCUUUUAUCAUCGUUUCUGAAAUCUUAAAUCUCAAAUCCUUUUAUCAUUUGAUCGACAUUCGAUUUAGCUCCCAAUCCAAUAUCAAAUCCCCAACAUCAUCAUGUUUUGAACCCCAAAUCUAUGUAUCCACGUUCGAAGAGAAGAUCCCUUUUCAAUCUAAAAUCCCCACAUAAUCAUCAUUUUGAACCACAAAUCCUUGUAUCCACAAUCGACAUUUUGUUCUUCGCCAUUUUAUUUUCGACCGGAAUCUAAAAUCUCCACAUAAUCAUCGUUUCCUUGUAUCCACAAUCGACGUUUUGUUCUUCGCCAUUUUAUUUCCGACUAGAAUUUACACAAAUUGAAGAUAAAAUAAGCAACACAGUCUUCGACCUAAUUGAGGAAGAAGAUGAAGAAGACAGAAUUUGAUUCGAAUCAGAUGGAGAGGUCGCCUUAACUUGUGUUUAUGUAUUAACGGUGCGUUUAGGAAAAAGUCUAGUUGGGCUUUUAAAUUCCCUUCAAAAGUGGGCUUGUGUACAUGAUCCGGAUUGUGAAGAGGUUGGGCUUUUAUUUACAUCUGCGUCUGCUUCUGCUUCUGCUUCUAAAUCCUGAUCAUGUCUUGCGUUCACGCAAUUUAAACACAAUUAUGUGUUCCAUCUUUUUUUUGGGAUUCGGUAAAUGGUAGCGUGUCUAUUUACACAUUUAUCGGUACGAGGUAAAAAACAAUCCGCCCAAUUUAACUCUUUAUUAAUUGCCCCUAUUCCACUCUCUCACUGUUUGCCCCUCUUGACAUAACAAACCUCUUGUAGACUAAUUAGAGGCGUGUGGUUAAAUACUUAGUGAGGACAUUUUUUAAAUUUAUGUUUUGAAACGAAAGUUAGAAUUUCGCUUUUGAAGUACUUGUGUACUUUACUUGGGCAAGUAUUUUCAAAAUGUAAAAUUUUAUCAGCGUAUAGGUAUGCGAUUAUUGUAUAAGGUGUUUAUGGUUAAGUUAAUGAUUACUGACUGGUUAGUGUAUUAGGUUGUUGAUGAUUUAGAGUAUAUGGUAUAUGGUAUAUGGUUUAGAGUAUAUGAUAUAUGGGAUGGUUUAUAAGGUGUUGAAUUGUUGAUGGUCCAGAGCAUAUUGUAUUGAUUGAUUCGGCUGAGGGUAGGUGUUGUUUUAUUUUUCUCGAUUUUAUAUUGUCUUAACAUCUUCUUAUAAAUGCUGAUCAUGCCUUAUUAUCAGGAAAUUUAGACAUAAUUAUUGUAGCGUGUCUCUUUACACAUUUAUCGGUACGAGAUAAAAUGAUUUGGUGUGUGCAAAGUAGGUUCUCAUUAACGAUUUUGCCAUGUUGGUUAUCCCGCCCAUUAGCGAUUCGCCACAUAUGGAAUCAAAAUUAGUUAGAGUUCUUAACUUCAUCUUUCUUCAUUUAUUCUUUGACUUGAACCAACACGUCUUUGCUCCGAAGGAUUUUGGGUGGUAGUGGCGUGCUAAAGACAAUCCGUCCAAUUUAACUCUUCGUUAAUUCCCCCUUUUCUUUUCUUUUUUGGUAGAAUAAUUACCCCUUUUCCACUCUCUCAGUCCCCGCCGAAGUUGAAACAAUCCCCUGUGAUAUAUUUAUCGUUCAUUUUAACCCUUCACUUAAUAAGAAAGCGAAAUUAUGCAAAAUGGUCAUCAAUGUGAUGUAGCUUAAAUGGUUAAUUGUCCGUUAUUUGCUUAGUCAAUAAAGUAGAGGUUUGUGGUUCGAUACUUAGUGAGUAUCAAUUUUUAAUUUAUGUUUUGAAAAGCAAGUUAUAAUUUUAAUUUAUCAGCGUAUAGGUAUACGAUAUUGUAUAAGGUGUUGAUGGUUUAGAGUACAUGGUAUUGGGUUAGUGUAUUGAUCAUCUCCAUCCCUAAAAUACGAUAUUGUAUAAGGUGUUGAUGGUUUAGAGUAUAUGGUAUUGGGUUAGUGUAUUGAUCAUCUUCAUCCCUAAAAUUGAACAACAAUUUCUAAACGAGGUCCCUACCGCCACAUCAUCAAUUUUAGCAAUUCAUCACUUAUCAAUUUCUAUUCAUCUACAUCCCUAAAUUAUGCUAGCAAUUGCCAAGGUGGGUUCCAUUUUAUAUUUCAAAGGAAACACUUAUUAUAAAUUGAAAGUUGGGGAUGGAGAUAGAAGAAGGUGUUGUUGGUAUACAGUAUAAGGUCUUGAAGGUUAUGGUAUAAGGGAGGAGCAAGGUGUUGAUGGUUUAAAGUAUAUAUGUUAUUGAUUGGUCACGGUAUAAGCCUAUAAGGUGUUGUUAUUGUUGUAGAGUAUAUGGUAUUGAUUGGUUCGUGUAUUAGGAUUUGGUUUAGGGUUUAGGGUUUAGGGUUAUGAUUCAAGUUAGAAUAACAUAAACCAGAUCAAUAGAGUAAUGUUGGUAAAUGAAAAAGUUGGUUAAUCUACAAAUUCAGACUAUUUAUAAAAGCACAUCCCCAUUUCCCACCGUCAAUUCCUAAACUUUUCCCUUAAUCCGAUGGUGAAAUACCUUCGAUCCUUGUCGCGUGCGUGUCACCCAAUCAGAUAUUGCCGAAUUCGGAAAGUCGCUUUUGCCCAUAACCAAUGCUGGCGUUACCAAGGCCGAGGCAGUGGUAGGGAGUGUAAUUUUCAGUAAAUGUGAAGGGAGAGAAAGUAAAAGUAAUUACGAGUCAAUCUUAAAAUUCGUUAAUCAGUGAAGGAGAGACCGUGCUCCGAAACCCGAGUGGCACUCAUCUCCUGCUGCUGUUCGUUCCUCCUCCUCUCAAUCCCUGAAAAGAACCCUUUCUUCCAUCUUCUCAAUAUGAAACUCCGAAAAUCAACCCCAUCCGCCUCUUCGUCCUCCUAUCCCAUGCUUUAUUUUCGGGUGCAGUGGUAAUGAUGAGACUGCGUAUUAUUUUAGAUCUCAUUUCCUUUCAUUAUUUCAUUGUUAGAUCAUGACUGUUAAACUAAAUCCUUCAUUGUAUUUUUUCUCCUUUUCUCUCCAUGCAGGGUCUUUGUUAGAGGCAGGGAGGGGAGCAAUGACAAUAAGUCGCCGUCUGAAUAUCGCCGAAAGAAUCAUCACAUGUUGUUGCGAUUCCAUAAUAUGUGUUAUGGAACCCUACUUCAUGUGGUGGUUCUUUUGUGCGAUAUUGAUGCGUACUUGUUGAUCAUGCUCCCAAAAUGUAUACAAGAUAGGAAAGUUGCCAUAUGUAUAAUAGGAUAAAAUAGGGAGGGAAAGUACAGCUUUUUGUUUUUGUUGGACUAUAUGUAACAUUUGUUUAUAUUUGUAUACUGUUUUGUUAUUUUUUCUUCUGCUUCUCUCUUCGCUUCCAUGGCGGCUUCCAAAAGUGUUUGAGAUCUUCUAAAUCUGCGAGGGAUCCUCCACUCCCAAUAAAAAUACUGUACUUUGUACUAUUAGCGUUUGAGAUCUUCUAAAUCUGCAGGGGAUCCUACACUCCCAAUAAAAAUAUUGUACUUUGUACUAUUAGCGUUUGAGAUCUUCUAAAUCUGCAGGGGAUCCUACACUCCCAAUAAAAAUACUGUACUUUAUUUGUUGACUACUAACUCCAUUUUUAGAAGUCUUUACGAUUGGGCCAACCGGAUUUUUUGCCGGAUUUCGAAUUCAGCUCCUCUGUCGCCACAUGCUCUACCCAUUUAAUGAGUGCUCAAAAUUAGUGCAAAAAAUACGAUAUAAUAAUUGAAUAAAAAAAACUAGUUCUCAAGAUUAUUCAACUGAAAUGUUGCACAUGAUUUAUUUAGAGUGCUUAAAAAUUGCCUUCAACUGACCAUUAAUGAGUGCAUAAAUUAAACGACACCGCAAGAGCCAACAAUCUUCUUAUAUACCAAACGACUCGGCAUAGGAGGACUUCCAGUUUCAGUUCAAGUUACCAACACCGAGCAAAUAUAUGGUCCCAAUUGCCACUUCAGCAACUUUAACUAUACAUCAAUUGUGACCGUGGGUCCUACUUAAUUUUCAAUGCAAUUCAAUAUUAAUUGGUGAGUGUGUUAUAUUAAUUUGAGUUUUCUCUCAAGUUGUUUUUUUUCGUUGUGUUAUUCGAAUUAUGUAAAGUAUUAUGAUUGGAAUUGUAUAUAUGUGUGUGCUGCAUGAAAAUUUGCAACUGCAUGAAAACAUUCAUCAGAUGCAAAUUUGCAACUUUUGUAAUUGAUCCCCACAUCAAUGCAACUUACCAUCCCACUUUCACUCCCUUGCCACAUCAGCUUGCAAUUCUCAAGAAUUGCACCAUUGGAGAUGGUCUAAAUAAGCAAGGUGUUGAUGG